AAGGAUGAGGCCCUGAGGCUGCUGCUGAUGGGGCUGCUCUGCUCUUUCCAGAGCUGCUUCAUCUGUGGCCAGAGCGGGGCCACCAUCACCUGCUGUGAAGCCGACUGUGACCUGAGCUUCCACCUGCCCUGUGCCAAGCAGGGAGGAUGUGUCACCCAGUUCAUCAGACCAUUUAGGUCCUUCUGCCCCACACACAGACCAGAGCAGGCAGUGGAGGCGACUCCAGAGCCAGGCACCGAAUGCCUCAUCUGCAUGGAGCCCGUGGAAGAAAGAAAGACCUUCAACACCAUGGUGUGCCCAGCGUGCAAAAACGCCUGGUUCCACAGGGAUUGUAUUCAAGGACAGGCUCUGCAUGCUGGUUUUUUAUCCCUCCAGUGCCCCCUCUGCAGGGAUAAUAACACAUUUGUUAUGAGUCUGUUCACCAUGGGGAUCCGAAUCCCCUUCAGACCACCAUCAUGGGAGGGCAUUAAUGCAUUUGCCGAGCUAGGAGAGAGGCACAGGCACUGCGAUGCCAGAGAGUGCCUUUUUCCAGGAGGCAGAGCAGAGGCAGAAUUGGAAGGGCCCUGGGAACUGCUCCUGUGCUCCUCCUGUGCAGCCGAGGGCACCCACAGACACUGCUCUGGCCUGAGGAACAGCAUAACCAGCUGGGAAUGUGACGGCUGUGCUGGUCUGGGAACAGCCUCCAGAGGUGACUCAGAGCUUGCUGGCCCCAGCACGGCCAGACUGUCAGGACUGGAGCCUUCGGAGGUCUCCAGAGAACCCGAGACCAUCAGCCCCAACACAGGCAGCCUGGUGUUGUCAGGGCU